AUGUCACAGCUCAUGAAAUGGGCGGGCUCGCUGCCACUCCUCGCAUUGUGCUGGGCUCCGCUCCUGAUGCUGGCUCUCUACAUUCUGCUCGAUUACAUCCGUGUACUGCGACUCCGCCGCAGUAUGCCGCCAGGCCCAUUUCCAUGGCCUCUGGUGGGCAAUCACUAUCAGAUCCGGCUGCCACGUCCCUGGUACUACAUGGACGAGCUCUCGAAGCAGUACGACAGUCCGCUAAUCACCCUAUGGCGAGGACACCAGCCCAUGGUAAUCUUCCACGAUGCCUGGUCAAUCUCCGAAGUACUGGACAAACGCGCUGCUAUUUACUCUUCACGGCCGCAGAUGGUGAUGCUGGGCGACUCUCGCAACGCUUCGGCACACGACCAGGCGGUCUUGCCGUACGGCGACGUCUGGCGUCAGCAUCGCCGUAUGAUGCACAAUGCGGUGGGCAUGCAAGCUGUUCGCGCUCACCGGCCGUUCCAGGACAACGAGGUCAAAGUCAUGAUUCGUGACCUCCUCCAGACUCCCGAGCAGUUUGUCAAGGCCAUCGAGCGCUACUCGGUUUCAGUCGUGUCGUGUAUUGGCUUCGGGCGCCGCGUCGAUCAGAGCGAUGACAGCGUUGCUCAGAUGGCGCUCACGUUCAUGGAAGGCGUCGAUCUUGUCAUCCCCGGGCUCUUCCUCAUGGAGUCGAUCCCGUUCCUACUCCAGCUGCCCCGGUUCAUCUACCCGUUGGCGUCGAAGGUCGUCAACAAUGGCCGUAAGAUUGUCAAUUUCUUCACAUCGGUCUCACACGAAGGUGCCACGGCCUCACAGCCCAACUUCUCCCAGCUGCUGGUGAAGGAGAAAGAAGCGGGAAAACUGAAUGAUGAGGAGAUCGCCUUCCUAACAGGCAACCUCAUCGGCGGCGGCGUUGAUACGACGGCGAGCACGACCAUCACUUUCAUCUUCGCCAUGUGCAUCUUCAAAGACGUGCAGCGCAAGGCCCGCGAGGAGCUCGACCGUGUCGUCGGUUCUGAUCGAAUGCCAGACUGGUCAGAUGAGUCGCGACUCCCAUACAUCCAGGCCAUCGUGAGCGAAUCCCUUCGGUGGCGAACGGUGACCAUCCUCGGCGGUAUUCCCCAUGCCCCCAUCCAGGACGACGUGUAUGAGAACUACCUCAUCCCCAAGGGCACCUGGAUCGCCGGCAACGUAUGGAGCAUCCACCGCAAUCCAAAGGACUUCCCAGAUCCGGACGUCUUUCGACCAGAACGCUUUCUCGAUGAGGCCCGCCCUUUUCCAAGUAAGAAGGGCCACAGCGCCUUUGGCUGGGGUCGCCGGCAAUGCAGUGGGCAGCCUCUGGCAGAACAGGGGCUGUUUCUGACUAUGGCGCGGCUGCUGUGGGCAUUUGAGAUCAAGCCCGCUCUAGACGAGAAUGGAAAUGAAGAGCAACUAGAUGUCUUCGCUUUUGGGACGUCUGAGAACAUGCGUCCCUUGCCGUUCAAGGCGCGAUUUCUACCGCGAAGCGACCAACAUCGAGAUAUUGUUCUCCGCGACGGGGCCGAAGCGCGGGAGGCCCUGCGGCCGUUUGACGGGAAAUCGGGGGUUCAGAUGCCUGAAUUGGAAAUAUAG